ACUGGGGGUCCUCGGGGAGUGAAUGAGCCGCUGUGUCAGAGUUUGGAGGGAGGAUUUCUCUGCAGACAAUGACCUGAGUUACGCUCCAACUUAGCCCAUGCAAAACAAGCCGGUGUUACGAGCAGACUGCACGCUCAGAGUGCACAACUGCAUCAAACUAGCUUUGUUUUCUGCACAUCCUGGGUGUCGUGGGAUGCAUGUAUUGGCGCUGUAUUUCUGCUGAAAUCACUGCCACAGUUUUGCCAGCUGCAACUCCAUUUUUAGCUGAAAAAAUGCAUUGACGCCAGCACACAGGCGUCCAUGCACAACAAAGGAUGGUGUGAUCUCCAGGAUGUAGAUAGUGUGAGUCGAUGGUUGGAGUCGGAUGACUCUGUCAGUGGGAUGCAGCACCAAGGUCCGUAUGGCGUUUUUUCCAUUACGUUGCGUCACGCUGUGUGAAGAAUACAUUUCUAGACCUCUACAAGAGUGCAUUUGGAUUUGGACAGAAAAAGAGAUGCAGAAUUAAUCGUGCGUGUUGUCAAAUUGCAAAGCGGCAUCGACAUACUUGCUUUGAUUUAGAAGCGUAUUAUUUCACAAUAGUUUCAAGGAGGAUCAUUUAAGCCUACGUUUCCGAAAUAAUAAAUAACUAAUUUAAAACAUGGUUCAUAAAUGUUCUUUAGGAAUUGUCUGCAUCUACGUGUAAAGCUACAUUUAGAGUGAAAUAUCACUAACAACAAUCAGUGCAUGCAGAGAAAGUCAACCUAAUGCAUCUUAAUAUGCAAAAACGUCGCAGAAUGCGUUUUAUUGAAAUGCUUCUAUUGUGAAAUCUACUACCGGAAAUAGUUGUAAGGAUUGCGGCGGGUUUGACACCUUCACUCAUCAGCAUCUUGAGUCCACUGGCGCGAGAUCCGCUCCUGGUGGAAGGAGGCAGGUCUGUGUAGAAAUCAUCCCUCACACAGCUUCUCCUCCUCCUGACGGGAGAGACAUGCUGCUCUUCAUCUGAUGCUUUUCACACGAUACACCGAAUCAACCUCUCAGGGGUUAAGAUGGGUGGAGGCCACCUUUAGCAUGCUGGAGACCUGAAAUCUACUGCUCUACUGCUGCUGAGGACCUCAACCACCCCAACCCCACCCAUGACUUUCUAUAGUGACCCGUUGGUUGAUGUGCCUCAAACUCUGUAAUGGAAAAUCGUGAUGAUGAUGCUGAGCAGCACCACAGCACAAUGGUGGGAGAGGGGGGCAGCACGGGGGACAGCACCCCGAAGCGCAAGGGCAAGUUCUCUACCCUCGGCAAGAUCUUCAAGCCCUGGAAGUGGAGGAAGAAGAAAAGCAGCGACAAGUUCAAGGAGACUUCAGAAGAGCUGGAGAGGAAGAUGUCGACGAGGCGUACACGGCAGGAACUCAUAGAACAGGGAGUGCUGAAGGAGGUCCCGGACAACGAUGCAGACAUCCACACCUUGAAGCAGGCUUAUGUGAAGAACGGUCACACUCUGCCACUGAGCUCUGGACUAGGAGGAGGCGGUGUCGGUGGUGUCAGGAGCCCAUGCAACCAGGGCAAACUCUGCUCUGAGUCGGACUAUAGGAUGAACCCGGCCUGGCUCACCCAGCCAGAUGACCGCAGGGGUCGCUCUCCCUCGGACGGAGAACGCCGGGGAGCUCCGUGCUCCAGAGGCACAGGACUGCAUGAAGAUGGGUGGAGAGGGGGAGGGUCACGAGGACAUGUUCAGGGUGAAUGGAAACCUAACAUGGUCUGGCAGGGCCAGAUUCAUGGCCAGAUGGAGGACUGCAGACGUGGGGGGAGACUUCACCCAGAGGAUGGGCAUAAGAGACCCGGGCUACAGAAGGCCCCGUCAGAGGACUGCAGGAGGAGUCGACCAGAAGCGGACUGGAAACCUACACUCCCUCGACAUGCAUCUGCUGAGGAGGGAAGAGCUCACAGAGAGUCAGAGAGCCAUUUCAUCCCCGACCCAGAAGCCCUGCGGGACACCCUGCGUGAACCUCUGCCACCUAAACAGUCUGUCAUGCCUCCAAAAUGGCUCAUGACCUCACCCGCUGAGCCUGGCAGCAAAGGUCCACCUCGCACUCCCUCCAACCACCCCACAAACCAGUACUCCUCCCCCUCCGGCACCUCAAAACCUGUCCGGUCUAUCUCCUCUGCUGGCGCAUCCACCCAACAGUGUUCAUCUUUAGCCCCGACCUCCACCUCUCAGGGUGCCAAGCAGCCCCCUCUGCCUCCACCCAAGCCUGUGAACCGGGGCAACACUACCAUGCUGGGUGACUUCACUCAAGGGGGAGCCAGCCUUGUGCCAGCCAAGCCGUCUCCUCCGAUGCCUCCAAAGAGGACCACUCCCGUCACCAAACGCAUCACAGAGGACCCCUCUGCUUCGCAUCCCAUCAACCCCUCACCAUUCUCUAUGGAAGACCACAGAGACCUCUCUAUGGCCUUCCAGCUGCCUCCCCCUCCUCCGUCCCCUCCCUUGCCAACACACAUACCACCGUCUCCCCCACGCCAACACAUACACUCCCACCACCUCCACCAUCAGCACUCCUACCCCCACCCACUGCCUCAGCCCAUACCUAUGCUGUUUGACCCUCCAAGCCCAACCAAUGAGUCUCCUCAGCGGCCGGCUCCUGUCCCACUUCAUAUCAUGAUCCAGCGAGCCUUGUCCAGUCCCGGCCCCGCCCAGCCGCAUCCAGACGGAUCACAGAGAGCGCACACACUACUUUUCGAAACACCUCAAGAGUACCACGGAGAUCGUGGUCGUCCCCUUCCUGUCAGCAUCCAACCUCUGAAACUAUCUGAGGAUGACUAUUCAGAGGAAGAAGACGAAGAGGAAGAUGAUGAGGAAGAGGAAGAGUAUGAUGGUGAGAUUCCCCAGCCAGAGCUGGAGCCUCGGAGUCGCCGAUGCUUGGUGGGAGACGCAGGUGUUUGUGUUAUCCCAGGGGGAAACAGCAGUGAGGAGGAGGAGGAUGAGGAGGAAGAAGAAGAGGACGAUGAGGACAGAGAUCAUGACAUGCAUGGGGAUGACAGCGACUCGGAAGGUCCUGUGAUUUAUAAAGAUGAUAACUCAGAUGAAGAUGACGAGGAUGAGCCCCCUCUAAGCGCUUUGGCCAGCAGGGUCAGAAGGAAGGACACCUUGGCUCUGAAGCUGAGCAGCCGUCCCUCUGCCCCAGACCGGGACAGGUUCACCCAUGACAGGAUCUGCAGGGACGACCAGCCUCCAGGACAGACCGGCCUCACCUGGCAGAGCAGGGAGCAGUGGGAGGCCAUUCGCACACAAAUCGGAACUGCACUCACAAGGCGACUUAGCCAGAGACCCACUGUAGAGGAGCUGGAGCAAAGAAACAUCCUUCAGCCCAAAAACCAGGCUGACAGACAGGCUGAGGUUCGAGAGAUUAAGCGGCGGCUGACCCGGAAGCUAAGUCAAAGACCCACAGUUGCAGAACUACAGGCAAGAAAAAUCCUGCGAUUCCACGAGUACGUGGAAGUUACAGACGCCCAAGACUAUGAUCGCAGAGCAGACAAGCCAUGGACUAAGCUGACUCCCGCUGACAAGGCGGCUAUCCGGAAGGAGCUCAACGACUAUAAGAGCACUGAAAUGGAGGUCCACGAAGAGAGCAGAAUAUACACAAGGUUUCACCGGCCUUAGACUCCACCCUCUCCCCGGAUAUGAAGCACUUAAAAAUCGGAGUCCAAAAGCUGCUUCCUAUGCAGACAGACUUUUACGUUUCCAGAAUGUAAUGUACAGUUAAUCAGGGAAGCCUAGAACUGACUGAAACAAGGAUGCUUCUUGUUGCCCUCCAUCGUCCUCCCACUCCAUUGCUUACACUAAACUGAGGAGGUGGUGGGUGAGGACCAGAUGCAGUAUUUCUCCCGGUCGACAGGGGGAACCACGUGCCAAUGAAGAGGAGAAGAGGUAGAGGACCUACAGGGCUUACUCUCAGUCUGCUGUUAUGUGGUACCCCUCAGGGACUUGGAUCUAGUUACAACCUUUAAUGCGGCCUCAUUCUGUGUUGCCUUUUUUUCUGAACUGUAUAUGGAAAAGCUCAUUCAUCUUGUUAAUGUAAUAACAUACAAUAAUAAUAGUAAUAAUAAUGAUGAUGACUUGUGAUACUCCACGCAGUAAUAAUAGAUAAGAGAAAAACAGGGAGAGCGGCCUGGAGGAUGAAGACUGGGAUAUUCUGCUAUAGGACUGGACAUCUCUGGGAUAUUGUGUAUGUUUUAUAAAAUUGUGUACAGACUGCUAUUGUUAUACUUUAGAAUGACAUUUGGAAAGGUCUAAUUACAAAAUAUUCUGUGACGCACAAAAUAUUUUUAUUGUAAUUUUGAUCACGAGUGGUGACAGAUUUUAUUUGAGCCUUUUUAUAAUUUGGCUUGCCUGUAUUUAUGGUUGUGAUGUGAGGUGGCCAUUUAAGCGUCAGUUUAGAUAUAGAGAUGUGUAAAGGUCAGGAGGCUGUUGGUGGGUUUUUUUUUUGUGUGCCAACAUACCCAAUGCCUAAAGGACUUAAGGAUACUAGUCCUGCAUACCACUAAUUUCUGCAAUCCACUGCAUGAGCCAACACAGAAUCCAAUGCCACAGGAUCUGGAUCUUCUCUUCUUUUAUACUUUUUUUUUAUGAGUUUUGUACUUCCCUUUAAAGAUUAAACAAUACAAUGCAUUCUGUAGCCAUCUGGAAUAAGGUCAAGCUUGAUAGUUACAUGUAAGUUACGGUUGGUGUAGAUCAGGGAUCAUCCAAAAAAUCAGAAAAUGUAUAAACGGUCAACGGGGUCAUAUUGGCUGGAGCCUUUUGAAACUGCAGAAGUGUUUUAUCUAUUGUUGUCUGGCCAGUAGCUUACAGGGUUCUCUCUUUAUGCUGUGUACAGGUUAAUAUAGAUUUAACUGAUGCUUGUGUAUAUCUUGUCUUCCUUUCAUUUAAAAAGAAAAUGUUAAAUAUAAAAGUAUUAUAGGUUGCUAUUUUUUUAAGCACAAAAUAUUAGUUGAUGAUUAAAACGCUACAAGAAUGGGAAUAUGAAAGUGUAUCUUUUCUGUAAAACUUAGUUUGUUUUUAAUUGAAUGUGGAAUUGUAUGGACUGAAUUUCCUUUUUAUUUGUAAAUAGUCACACCUGGAUCUAAUUAAACUAAUUACAAUUCCUUGAA